AUGGAACCCGGUGUAACAGAGCCCCUUGUGCUCGCGCCCCUAGAACCCGGUCCGGGUUCGAUCCCGGUCAGGCCCUCGAACCAGACUCCGGCCCCAUCCUCGGCCCCAACCCGGACCUCGAUUCCGGUCCCGGCCUCGACUGCAGUCCGAACCCCGACUCUGGUCCGGACUCCGAUUCCGUUCCAGGCCGUGAGCCCGGUCCGGACCUCGACUCGGUUCCCUGCCUCGGUCCCGGUCCAGUUUCCGACUCCAGGCUCGGCCUCGACCCCGGUCCAGUUUCCGACUCCAGUCUCGGCCUCGACCCCGGUCCAGACACCAACUCGGGUCCCUGCUCCGGCCCCGGUCCGGACCUCGACUCGGUUCCCUGCCUCGGUCCCGGUCCAGUUUCCGACUCCAGGCUCGGCCUCGACCCCGGUCCAGUUUCCGACUCCAGUCUCGGCCUCGACCCCGGUCCAGACACCAACUCGGGUCCCUGCUCCGGCCCCGGUCCGGACCUCGACUCGGUUCCCUGCCUCGGUCCCGGUCCAGUUUCCGACUCCAGGCUCGGCCUCGACCCCGGUCCAGUUUCCGACUCCAGUCUCGGCCUCGACCCCGGUCCAGACACCAACUCGGGUCCCUGCUCCGGCCCCGGUCCGGACCUCGACUCGGUUCCCUGCCUCGGUCCCGGUCCAGUUUCCGACUCCAGGCUCGGCCUCGACCCCGGUCCAGUUUCCGACUCCAGUCUCGGCCUCGACCCCGGUCCAGACACCAACUCGGGUCCCUGCUCCGGCCCCGGUCCGGACCUCGACUCGGUUCCCUGCCUCGGUCCCGGUCCAGUUUCCGACUCCAGGCUCGGCCUCGACCCCGGUCCAGUUUCCGACUCCAGUCUCGGCCUCGACCCCGGUCCAGACACCAACUCGGGUCCCUGCUCCGGCCCCGGUCCGGACCUCGACUCGGUUCCCUGCCUCGGUCCCGGUCCAGUUUCCGACUCCAGGCUCGGCCUCGACCCCGGUCCAGUUUCCGACUCCAGUCUCGGCCUCGACCCCGGUCCAGACACCAACUCGGGUCCCUGCUCCGGCCCCGGUCCGGACCUCGACUCGGUUCCCUGCCUCGGUCCCGGUCCAGUUUCCGACUCCAGGCUCGGCCUCGACCCCGGCGUCACCGAUGAGCCCGGGCGCCCCCGGGAGCUCCCUCCUGCUCUCCAUCGAUCCCGCGGCCGCCAAGCUGACCGAUCCCAUGGCCGGACCCAUCUCCAUGCCUAUCCUGGGGCCCGCCCCGUUCGCCACUUUCUUACCUAUUUCUACCAACACAUUCGCCUCCACCAGCGAGUACUUUCAAGUGGACAAAAGGAUUGUGAUUCGAGUGACCUACUGUGGCCUCUGAAGCUAUAACCUCCGGUACAUUCUACUGAAAAAGAGUCUGGAGCAACAAUUUCCAAAUUGUCUACACUUUGAGGAGGACAUAUCUGAACAGGCUACCGGGGAGUUUGAAGUGUUUGUGGAUGGGAAACUGGUUCAUUCAAAGAAGAAAGGUGAUGGCUUUGUGGAUGAGGUCAAAAUGCAGAAAAUUGUGAACAUUAUCGAGGAGGAGAUCAGGACAAAUUAA